AUGAAUCUCGAGGAGGACCUGAGGAGUGUGAAAGAAGAACAUGACCUUGAGAGAGAAAAUUUGUCACUGGCUGAACAGCUAAGUCUUUUCCCAUUGGGUAUGGUCAAUGGAGGCCUCAUUGAAAUCGAGUCUUCGAGCGGCAGUGAUUCAGAGUCAAGCUCUGACACUAGCGAUGAAGAGCCUGGGGCACGAAGUCGAGAGCCAGAGAGCUAUGUUGAGCGAGUGCCAAACGGGCAAACCUAUGUGCGAAACACCAAGAGUGGCCUGGUGCACAGCGCUAAGACUUCAGAGAGAUCACAAAAUUUGGAAUCAAGAUUGCAGGACAUUUUGCUGUGCUAG